AUGGCAUGUUUACGUAGAGCUACAAUAGAUGAUGUUUUUUCUAUGCAACAAUGCAAUCUGUAUUGCCUUCCUGAGAACUAUCAAAUAAAGUAUUACUACUUUCAUAGUGUGACAUGGCCACAACUAUUACAAGUUGCUACUGAUAGUGCAGAAACUAACAAAAUAACUGGAUAUGUCUUAGCUAAAAUAGAAGAUGAAUCUGGUAUAAAUCAUGGCCAUAUUACAUCUAUAGCAGUACUAAGAUCUCACAGAUGCCUUGGAAUUGCUAGGAAGUUAUUAGAGCAAACACAUUAUGAAAUGAAGAAUACAUUUAAUACUCCUUACUGCAGUUUACAUGUUAGAGUCUCAAAUUUAGCUGCAAAACAUCUUUAUCAGAGUGUUUUGAACUAUAUAUCACAGUGUAUAGAAUCUAAAUAUUAUGCUGACAAUGAAGAUGCUUAUUUUAUGAAGUUAUAUUUCAAGAAAUAG